GACUCACGGGUAUCACUGACGGAGACAGCAUGAAAACCUCAACACUUCUCGGUCUACUUCUGGUGGGCGUUCUGGCGGUGUCCUGGGUCACCGCUGAGCCACUACCGGACCCAGAGCCAGAGCCGGAGCCGGAGUCAGAACCCACCGACUCUGAGGAGGAGGAGCCCUAUGAUGAUAGCUACGAGACAGGCCACGUCCGCAGGAGGAGACAGUUGCACGGCUCAUUUGGGACGAACCGAAGCCCCUUCGGAAGAGACUACAGCGCAAGUGUCGGCUACAACAAGAACUUCAACAAAGGCAGGACCUCCGUUGGCGUUCACGGCCACAGGAACUGGGGCGCCAGCGGCAAGGGACACGGUGCUGGGUUCUCCUUCACGCACAGGUUCCGCCGCUGAGACCUCCCCUAGAGACGCUGCGGUCGUUAUAUACGGCACCCCGACCUGACUGACGGAACUGGACAAGGACACGACACGGAGAGGCCACCGAACUGAAAGGGAGAGAGAAUCACCUCAUGCCAGGCCUGCUCGCUCAACACUCGGCCCGCAAACACGAACUACGGAGAUUCCACUGUUUGCAAUUUCUUCACUGGAAUAAUAACUGCACUUUUGGAGGAGUACCAGCAAAUAAAGUCUGAAGCUUU